GCCGGAGGCGGACCUGCCGUUGGGCUUUGGGCUCUUCUGAUUCGCCUCCCGGGCGGCACAUUCCCCCCGUGCCUUCCUUGGGGCCCACCCCACCGCCCUCCUCUCCUCUCUCCCCCGUCUCCGACUCCCUCCUCCACCCUUUUCCCUCGCCGCCGGCGAUCCCGAACCCGGAUGGCGGGGCCGGAAGAGAGCUGGGCGCGGGAGGACGUGCCCGGGGACGCGUCGUCGUCGGGCGCGUCCACGAGCCGCGCGGCUGGAGGCCCAGCGGCGGAGGUGGGCGCGUCGCCGGACUCGCUGCGGAACACGGCGUCCAACAUCCGGCGGCUGGAGGACGCGAUCAAGCACUGCGCGGCGCGCCACAAGUACCUCGCGCGCACCAACAGCCCCUCCGACGGCCAGGAGGUCCGCUGGUACUUCUGCAAGCUCCCCCUCGCCGACAAAGUGCUCUCUUCUUCGGUACCAAGGACGGAGAUAGUUGGGAAAGGAGACUACUUCCGGUUCAGCGAGAGGGACUCUCUGGCACUCGAGGCAUCUUUCUUGGAGAGGGAGGAAGAGCUUCUUGCAUACUGGUGGAAAGAAUACGCCCAAUGCAGUGAAGGACCAAGAGGAUCAUUGGUUCAAAGUGAUGAUUCUGAAUAUCUUUAUAAGGUGGAGGAAGAGCGGGUUGGGGUUCCUGUGAAAGGUGGACUAUUUGAGGUUGAUUUGAUGAGGCGUCAUUGCUUCCCUGUGUACUGGAAUGGGGAAAACAGGCGUGUCUUGAGAGGCCACUGGUUUGCUCGCAAAGGUGGUCUUGAUUGGCUUCCCAUGCGCGAGGAUGUUUCUGAACAACUUGAGUUAGCAUAUAAUUGUCAGGUCUGGCAUCGCCGCAAAUUUCAACCUUCAGGCUUAUUUGCAGCACGGGUUGAUCUUCAAGGAAGUACACCGGAUUUGCAUGCUCUUUUUACUGGAGAGGAUGAUACUUGGGAAGCUUGGCUUGUCUUUGAUACAGGUCCUAAGCUUGGUAGCAACACAAUCAAAUUAAGGCGUGGGUUUCCUCUUUCUGAUCCUGCAAAGUCUUCACAGGAUGAGUUGCGUCAGCGAAAGGAAGAGGAAAUGGAUGAUUAUUGCUCUCAGGUUCCAGUUGGUCAUCUUGUAUUCAUGGUUCAUGGCAUUGGGCAGAGGCUGGAGAAAGCUAAUCUUGUUGAUGAUGUUGUCGAUUUCCGUCGAGUAACUGCUAACCUAGCUGAAAGAUACUUAACUUCUUAUCAAAGAAGCACCCAGAGGGUUCUAUUUAUUCCCUGUCAGUGGAGGAAGGGUUUGAAGCUCAGUGGUGAACAUACUGUUGAGAAACUCACUUUGGAUGGAGUUAAAGGUCUUCGAGUUGCAUUAGGUGCCACAGUUCAUGAUGUUCUAUAUUACAUGAGUCCUAUCUACUGUCAGCAUAUUAUUGACUCGGUCUCAAACCAGUUGAACAAGUUGUACAUGAAAUUUCUGAAGAGAAAUCCUGGUUACAGCGGAAAGGUUUCAUUGUAUGGCCACUCGUUAGGAAGUGUUUUAUCUUAUGAUAUACUUUGUCAUCAAGAAUCCCUUUGGGCCCCAUUUCCAACAGAGUAUCUGAACAUGGAAUACGCAUCUGAUAGAAGUCAAGGAGCAAAAUCAGCCAAUGAAGUUGCUGCACAUGAUUCAGUCACAGAGGAUCAUGGUACUUCUACUCUAAGGCAUUCUUGUGCUGUUAGUGUGAAUGGUGCCGUUGAUGAAGAUAGCACCAGAACUGAUUCUUCACAUAUGGAUGGCGUCCUCCCAUCAUGUGUGCUCGAAAAUUCACCAGACAACGAUGACACAGUUGUGUCACCUGGUGCAGUUGAUGCUGAGCAAAAUGAAGAAGAAAAUAAGGUUGAGAAUCAUCAGACAAUAUAUACUGAGGAAGGGACUACUUCAGUUGUAAGCACAAAAGAUGCUGAAGGAUCUAGCGUUUCAAGAUCUGCUGAGGAAGUCCAUGAAGAGAUCCUUGAAAAGGACAAAUUGAUUGUUUCACUGGAAGAAGAGGUGAAACAUCUUAAAGCUAGACUAGAACAACUCGAACAACAGAAUCAUGUACUGACUAAAAGCAUCAAUGGUGUUGAGCAUCAUGAAGGCAAAAGUGCCAAUCAGGCCAUGAACUCUGUCAAACUUUUCACAGCGCAAGGAAGUACGAAUCAGUCCUAUUCACCACAAAUCAGAUACACGAAACUAAACUUUAAGGUUGACACAUUCUUUGCUGUUGGAUCUCCCUUGGGUGUCUUCCUUUCCCUCCGUAAUGUUCGUAUUGGUAUUGGCAAGGGGCAAGGUUAUUGGCAAGAUGAGAACAUAAUUGAAGAGAUGCCAUGCUGCCGGCAGAUGUUCAACAUUUUUCAUCCUUUUGAUCCUGUAGCAUACAGAGUUGAACCACUUGUAUGUGAAGAUUAUCUAAAGAAGCGCCCUGUCAUUGUGCCCUACCAUAGAGGUGGAAAGAGGAUACAUGUUGGAGUGCAGGAGUUCACAGAAGAUAUUGCUGCACGUUCUCAAGCCAUUGCCCGUCAAUUGAAGUCAUUAAAGGUCAAAGCAGUAGCUGCUAUGCUAGCAUUGAGCAGAAAUGACACAGAAGAGGAUUGUGUGAGUGCUAAUGAGAAAGAAAGAUCAUACGGUUCCAUGAUGAUGGAAAGGUUGACAGGUUCACCGGAUGGUCGAAUUGACCAUGUGCUUCAGGAGAAAACAUUUCAACACUCGUAUCUAUCUGCUCUGGGAGCUCAUACCAAUUACUGGCGCGAUCAUGAUACUGCUCUCUUCAUUCUAAGGCAUUUGUAUCGUGAUAUACCUGAGGAACCUCCAGAAAAUGAGAUUGAAAGGGUGCCUAUUAAGCUAUUUUAUGAAAGGGAUCCAUUUGUUGAAGAAACGCCCCUGACAUUUGCAGAUGAAGCAUUGGUCAAGGAGUUCUCCAGAAAGGUGAGAACUUGCUCAAGAAGAAAGGAGAAUGAUGCCAACUGCGAAACCUCUUGAUGGUGUGCCAUUAUCUGUUAAAGCCAAGUUACAACCUUACCGCCCUCGCCAAGCAUAAGAUCAUGUAGGCAUGGAAUGGAAGAACAGCCCAUGAAAUGGCUAUCCUGAGAGAAGACAAUUCCACUAAACGGUGUAGUUUCACACUUGACAUCAGAAUUUAGGCACUUCCGAGAAUGUUGUACAGAGUGCGUCCGGUCCCUGCUUGGUGCGACUUUGCUCUUUCCAACCCUGAAUGCAAUGCUGUACAUAGGAUCCAGCUGUAGGCUCGGUUGUCUUUCUUGGAUGUAAUGUUGGAGCUGUACAUAUUACAGAAGACAGAUCGACAGGGAUUAGUCUCGAGCGAUGGUUGUAGUUGCUUCUCACGUUACAGAAUAUGGCAGGGAUUAGUGUCAAACGAUGGUUGAAAUGGUCACAAGUCACAGCCGUUCGCUUCUA